CUGAAGGCACUGGACGAUCCCUGGUUUGUUGGUUUUUGGACAUACAUCACGUUAAUCUGGACCAGCAACACUGCAAAAAACCUCUCCUCUAUUUCUGUUUUUCCUUCACCAUUACUGCUGCGCAACAUACAAAGGACCUUUGUGGUUGGAACACCUCCUCCGAAAGCGUUGGCAUGAGCUUGCAUCCUGCUAGAAUCGGGUCCAACUGCCCCCCAGGGAACUCCAACUGCACCGGGCUGUUUAAGGAACCUCUGGCUGCCAGGAGCUACAGGCUGACUGAGCAUCGAUUCAACUACCUGACCACUGCCCCCCAAACGAACCGCCCGCUCUACUUUGCCACCGUGGAUGUCCCGGACCACGCCCACUACAUCAUUGGCACUGUCAUCCUCAUAGUGGGCAUCACAGGAGUGCUGGGAAAUGCCCUGGUGGUCUAUGCUUUCUGCCGGAGCCGGGCCCUGCGCACCCCGGGGAACAUGUUCGUGGUGAACCUGGCGGUGGCCGACUUCCUGAUGUCCCUGACCCAGUCGCCCGUCUUUUUUGCCGCCAGCCUGCACCGGCGCUGGGUGUUCGGGGAGUGCGCCUGCGAGCUCUACGCCUUCUGCGGGGCGCUCUUCGGCAUCUGCUCCAUGAUGACCCUGAUGGCCAUCGCCGCUGACCGCUGCCUGGCCAUCACCCGGCCGCUGGCCUUCCUGGGCGGGGUGACCCGGCGCCGGGCCGGGGCAGUGCUGGGGGCCGUGUGGGCGUACGCCCUGGGCUGGAGCCUGCCGCCCUUCUUCGGCUGGAGCGCCUACGUCCCUGAGGGGCUGCAGACCUCCUGCAGCUGGGACUACAUGAGCUUCACCCCGUCCGUGCGGGCUUACACCAUCCUCCUCUUCAUCUUCGUCUUCUUCGUCCCCCUGGGGAUCAUCGGCACCUGCUACCUGGCCAUAUUCCGGGCAAUCCGGGCAGCCAGGCAGGAGGUGCGGGAGCUGGGCUCCGGGGAGACCCACAGGGCGUACGAGCGCAUGCAGAGCGAGUGGAAGAUGGCCAAGGUGGCGCUCCUCGUCAUCGUGCUGUUCGUGAUCUCCUGGUCGCCUUACUCGGUGGUGGCCCUGACCGCCACGGCGGGGUACUCCUACCUGCUGACGCCCUACAUGAACUCCGUCCCGGCGGUCAUCGCCAAGGCCUCGGCCAUCCACAACCCCAUCAUCUACGCCAUCACCCACCCCAAGUACCGCGCUGCCAUCGCCCACUACAUGCCCCUGCUGAGGCCCGUGCUCCGGGUGAAGGAGAAGGACCUGCGCUCGUCGUUCAGCUCGGGCAGCGGAGCCUCGUCCCGCCGCGCCACCCUCACCAGCCAGUGCUCGCUGGGCGCCUCCGGCCGCGGGGCAGGCCGCUGGGCCAAGACUCGCCUCUCCUCUGCCUCCGACUCCGACUCCUGCUGGACGGAGAGCGAGGCCGACGGCUCCAGCGUCAGCUCCCUCCCCUUCACCAGCCGCGUCUCCAUGGAGAUCGCCACCGACACCGCCAUCCCCCCCGCGCAGCCGGAUGCCGCAGCGGGGCCGAGGGGGGCUGCCAACCCUGCCUUCAGUGCGGUCGCCCCCGUCUUGUGCGACACAGACGUGCCAGAAGGGGGCGCUCAGUCUGACGGGAAAGCUUACCUGCUCUCGGGGAACUGA